AUGGUAACUCUGGCAUCUGUUUCCUGUUCUUUGAAAAUGAAGGACAAAAUGUUUACAGUAGACCCACUCACAUUAUUUCAACGCAUGUGCAUAACCAAACAAUCAGAGGCUGAUCUCAGGAACUUGUUAAAGUAUAAACUGGCCCCUUUCCCAACAUCUCUCUUCACAGAAACAGGAAUACACAAAGGCAGAAAAUCAAUACUGUAUGAUACAUUCCUUCCUAUCAUGAUUGAUGACAUACCCUUUGGCACCAGAAUAUGCAAUGUCAUUGAUGGUGGGUUCCUCGUGCAUAGAGUUGUUUGGACCAAGUCAAGUGAAGCCCCAUUUCAGGUAGUCUGCCAAAACUACGUGGACUACGUCCAAUGGCACUUUGGAAGCAAUACCAUAGUGGUUUUUGAUGGUUAUCCUGUUGGAAUAAGCUACCAAAGUACCAAAUCAGCUGAACGAUAUCGGCGUUCGUUGCUGCACUCUUCAACAAAACAUUUAUUUUCUAAGACUACUUCGAUCGGCACAAUUUCUUUCCAAUGA